UUUCCUUCUUUCUCCUCUCUUUCCUCCCCUUCCUCUCCCCUCUCGCCCUUCAUAUCCCCUCCAUCGAUCUCUUUCCCUCUCUAGAGCACAGGUAUCCAGGCAGGCUAAGCUAGCUAGGGUUGGUUGCUUUCCUUUUCCCCGAUCCCUUGCAUAUCAAGCCUCGAUCACAGCUCACCUUUUUUAACCUACCCCAAGAACGCACGCAGUCUCAGGGUUCGUUACUAGCUCUCCACUACUCUCUCGGUUGGUGGAUCGAUCCGAUCAAGCAAGAUCAAGUCAGGCCGGAGCUAGACGAAGAAGAAGAAGAAGACGACGCCUACUGAUGUCGGCUCAGGCGAUGUCGGCGACGGGCGACACGACGCUGACGAAGGUGUUCGUGGGAGGUUUGGCGUGGGAGACGCACAAGGAGGGCGUGCGCGGCUACUUCGAGCGCUUCGGAGAGAUCCUCGAGGCCGUCGUCAUCUUCGACAAGAGCACCGGCAGAUCCAAGGGCUACGGAUUCGUCACCUUCCGUGAAGCUGAAGCGGCCAUGAGGGCGUGCCUCGACCCGUACCCGGUGAUCGACGGCAGGAGGGCCAACUGCAACCUCGCCUACCUCGGGGUCCAGAGGUCCAAGCCACAACUGUCGCCUUAUGUGCAACCAUAUGCAGUAGGCCAUGUCCAUGGUGGAAGCAACAUGAACACGAGGGCAAUGAAAGCGGCUGCCAUUGCUGGUGGUGCCAGCUUCGUCGACCAUGGCAUCCAGCAAGGGAUCCCUGCUGCCGCCUACAACUUGUACGGGUAUUCUCCAUAUUUCUCGGACUACAGCUAUCAGCCCAUGACAUACUAUCAGGCGUAUGGCGGGCUGGCCGGAGGAGAGCAGUAUCAGGUCUACAAUGGUAAUGCUGGCGCCGCUGCCACAGUUCCAGCGGCGGGGCUAACAUUGGCUGAUCCUUCUGGGUUGUACAACCCCUACUACCAGUAUAGUCCGGUGAGUGCCCAUGCUGCGUACAACAUGAUGCACUACCCUCAAAUGUACCACUACGCGGCGGUCGGCGCACUGCCGGAGAGCAGCCCUACCGCGGUGUCUAGCCUCCACCGGUUCCUUGGCGCCGCUGCCUUUGAGCCUAAUACUGCAGGGGGCCAAGCAGCAGCCAUGGCAAUGUCUCGGACAGCUCCAGCUCUGUCGGCACCACCGACACCACAGUACCAGCAUAGGCUCGUCUCUUCCAUGCCGCCUGCAACACCAGAUCAGAAGAGGCCCUUAGCCUAAUAGACCAUGGCUGCCUUAACCAAGUCUGCCUGUUCAUGCAUCAUCCCUUACUUAAUAUGCAUAUCCUUGAACAACAUGUUAACUUGCUGCCAAUGACCACCGUGGGUUGAGUGGUGCAUUGGCAGGUAAACAAAGGAUGUCAACGUCCAAUUUUCCA